CAGAAGAUAGGCGACACUUUGUUGAAUGCUACGAAGGGAGUACGAUCGAAGUGCGACUUUUAUACUGCACGGUGAGCACGAACAACACGUGACUUAGACAGUGACUAUUAACUAUUAAAACUGUAAUAUUAAGAGCGGUUAGUUUAUUUUAAUAUGAGUGACACGAAGGAUCGGAUAAAAUUGGUGAGAUUGUAAAGUAAAUGCGCUGGUGAAUUGUAAAUUUGUAUUUUCGAUGAAGAGUUCAUUACAUUCCACAUUAUAUAAACAAAGAGUGCUCUGUAACACAAGUUGACAUCAUCGUCUCUUAUCGCUACGUGAUUUUUUUAUGAGAAAGAAACUUGGCUUUAAAUAUAUCACUGACAUCGUUGAGUCAUAAAAGGAAGAAGAAGAAAAAGCACUGACAUCUCGGAGGAUUACUUGGAUUAACUGUGUUUGAUCGAUUGAAAAAUUUAAAGUUCUUAAAAUGGAUAGUUCAGACGAGGAAUUAUUUGAAGCAAUACCGAGUACUUCAACAUCAAAUUCAAGUUCAGAAUGGACAGUGGAGAUGAAUAACAUAUCAAUGCAAGGUUUACUUAAAAAGGAUAGAUCUUCCAACAAUGUUCUAAUGAAAAAUAUUUCGAUAAAACUUACACGCUUAUCUAGUGUACAAUUGAUGACAAAACGACAGAAACUGUCUGAAUCUAAACCUAGAAUUAGGCGAUUUAGAAAGUGGAAAUUUGGAAAUUGUACCAAAAGGAGUAACAAAUUAGCUCGAGCUAAAUUUCUAACUAAAAACGCCAAAGAGACAGAAUUUAUUGCUAAAACUACACUGGAAUCUUUAAAGAAUAAAGUAAGUGAUGCAAACUUGUGUAAAGAGGCAGACAAUGGAACAGAGCAAUUACAUACUGGUGCUUCAGAGAAUGCGCAAGAUAUACAAAACGAUAACAGUCUUAUUUUGCCGACGCAUGAAGUGCAGAACGAAGAAGAAAAGCUAUGUAAUAGCGGAACUAGUGAAAUAACUACUGAAGCAGAAGGGUGCGCGCGUGUUUUACCUUACAAGUUUCAUCAAAGAUGGAAGGAAAUCUUUAAUGCAAUAGAUACACCAACACAUUCUGAUAGUUCUUUCUCGACUAGUGAAACUGUGGAGCAAGAUACAUGUGAUAAAUCCUAUACGACUGAACAGCUGAGAAGAAAUCCGUUUGUUAAAAAAUCGAAACCGACGCACAUAAAUAGUUCUCCAGAAAACCAGUUAGAAAUAAAAAGGAAAAUGUCUGUAUCUGACAAUGAUUUGCCCAUAAGAAAAAGAAGAUGUCGAAAAAUAUCAUCGAGUAGUAGCAGUACUAAUAGUACUAGUAAAAUUACAGCUUCAAGCAAUGUAGCAAUGGAUAAAGAUGACAAUUCGAUUAAAUUUCGUUCAUUUCAUGAAAACGUGGAUCAAGAAAUAUCACGAUCAAACAUACAAGUCACUAGCAAAUUGCAAGUGAGUUUAAUUAGAUUGGAAGAAAUGAAUGAUCCUGAUGUCAUUAAAUGGCAAAAAAGUAGAACGCAAAUGUCCUUAGAAGUGAUAUCUGAAGAGCAAACUGGAACAGAACCAUCACCAGAUAAACAGGAAGCAGUAAUCAUUGAAGAAGUAUCAACACCUAGAAAGAAGUUACGUUAUAAAGAACCUUUAAAUACUAAAGGUGAUAUGACUACUAGACGUCGUUCUUUUAUGAAUAGUCUCCAACGGAAUGAGUUGAUAUUGAAAGAAGAACAAUGGAUCAAAUUACUUUUUCCAGAGAGUAGAAUGUUGAAAAGAACAAACGUUUGCGAAAAUCCAUUAGAAUUAUUAGCGACAUCCAGCAGUAAUAGUGCUAAACAAUUUGACAAAUUAAACAAUUUGUUGGACACACCGACGUUAAACAAGAAAUAUAAACUGUUCAAAAAGCCUAAAGUUUUAUUGAUAAAAUUAGAGUGUUUGAAGUACUCUUCCAACGAUGAUAAAUAUUCAGCAACUGAGAUUGAUUAUUUAACACAAAAGUACGUAAACAGCGUGAUAAACUCCACUUGUUCAGCUGUUGCUGAAACAAAAGAUACUAAUAUAAAUUCUAGUACGUCCAGCGAACAAAAUAGAAACAAAAGCUAUGAAUUGGUCACAGAAGAAAAUUUAACAAGAGGCAUUGAAGUUUCAGAAAAUAACAGCGAUAAAAACGCACCAUUUAAAAUGCAUUGUAACGCAGAAGCGUUGACGUCUUCACCUCGAAAUAAAUCAGCGGAAACGUUGAAGGACAAGUCACAGCAGACGUUACUACAAAUUUGGCAAAACGCUUUUGGUGCAAUGAACAACCCGCGAGCAGCAACUGCCAAGCAAUCAGCUUCUACGCAGUCAUUGUCGGUAACACCAUCAAUCUUGCAAAAUUUACCAAAAAAGUCGCCAAAGAAGUCGACAGAUACGAGACGAGAUAAAGGUAUUUUCAGUUCUUUUACUUCCAUGUCUACGUCUUCCCAAAGCCAAAAAGCGCCAGUUACUUCACCGAAAAAACACACGGAAACGGAAGUGAUGUCGACAAGAUGCAACGAGACAUCCAAAAACGUGGUUUCCGAUUAUGCAAAUCUUCCAAAUAAUACAAGCGUUACAACAAUAGUCUCUGAAAAUAAUGUUCCUCAAUCCGGUGAUAAAGUUGUUUCUAAAAGUCCGUGUAAAGAUGCAACAGACAAAGUUACCGUUUCCAAUUCUUCCUCGAGUCCAUCCAACCCUGAAAAAUCAAGAAACUUUGAAUUUUACGUUGAGCAUGACGCAUCAGAUAGAGCACCGUCGAAAAUGCCUGAGAAGAGCAAUCACAAAACAUCAGUCAAUGAUAAGACAUCCGUAAAAUCGAACAUUUUAGAAGAGCAAAAUAAUCAGUUACCAUGCAAGAAAGUGAAGCCAUACAAACAAUACAAAUGCGUCAUAUGUACUACGCCGUUUGAGAACUAUAAAUUGUUGCUGCAACACAUGGCGAAUAGUUCAUGUAAAGCAUCCACUGCGGAUUUCGCAGAUAAAAUUCACAGUUCGGAGAGCCCAAUAUCGAUGUCACAACAGUGUUCUGCCGUUAACAAGGAAAGCGAUUCGCUGGAAGCUGAUCGAUCUGUCAGUGACUCCCUUAUAAGUGAUGAGACAACUUCUUCAUCCUCCUUGACGGUAAACAGUGAUUCGCUAUGCAGGAAGUUGUGGACGCCGCAGUCAAAAGCCGAGUCCAGACUAUUGACGAAGUCACAGUCAGCAGAUUCCCAAAUUCGAGUGGAAGCUUCUACAUUCAAAAAUUUCGAGAAGUACUAUAAACAAUUGAAUAUUACCGAAAUAAUAUGCAAAGUUUGCUCACAAAUCUUCAAAUCUUACUCGCUGCUGACUCACCAUGCACUUAGUCGCCAUACGACUAGAGAGCUUGAGAAUGCAUACGUGUUGCCCAAGAGUAAAAAUAGUUUUAUACAGGAUCAGGAGACCAGUAAUAGUAACGAUCAAGUCUCGAGAGAUACGAUUAAAAACUCGACAGAGGUAAAAGAAACUGCGGAGGAACAUAUUGACCUGAUUGGGAAUAAUACCAUCGAGCAGGCAGAAACACCGCUAGAGAACGAAUCAAACACCGAGGGCGGUGCAGUUUCUGCUCUGCCAGUGUCGGAACGUGAUGCGAUUGAGAGAAGAAAUAAUCCGCAGAACUUAUCGGAGAUGAAGUGUACAGGAGAAAAUGCAGAAAUACCAUCAGCAGAGAGCAACGAAACGAUUAAAACGAUCCAAUGUGCGGAGAAGAAUAAAGUUCUUGAGCCUGCGGUCUUCUCUGAGAAUCCGAAUGUGUCUCAGUCGCGUAUUUCUAUCUGCAAGUGCCACGACAUCAAGGCGGCCGAUGGAGAUAACAUAUACAUCGAGAUAGUAGUGUUAUGCGAACUUUGCCAGACAAUAUACCGUCGCUUCGAGUGCUUCGAGGCCCAUUUUCAACGCUACACGAAAGACUCUAUCUGUGUUAAAGACCGAAAACGCGGCAGGCCAGUCAAAUUGCUCUGUCAUGCCUGUCACAAGAUACUCGACAGUAUUCAAGAUAUAUUGUAUCACCUAAAAUCGCAUGUCCGGCCGAAGUGCAAGGUCGUAGCAGGUUUCCGCUGUAACAUAUGUAAAGUGAUCUUCUAUGGAUUUGGAAAUAUGUUCAAGAAUCACUAUCACCAGCACGUGAAGAACCGGUAUUUCCUGGCCAGCCGUUUAACGUUUCCGCAGUUUUCCUUCAUUGGUACGACAUUUACCAAAAUGCCGAGCAUACAUAAUGAAAAUUUGCUGGAGGUUUACAUGCAAAUAGCUGACUACUUAUGCCGAGUAUGUAAGAAAGUCUUUCCCACAGAGGAGGCUAUAAAGUUGCACAAGACAGUUUGCCAAAACAGCAAGGCUGUUGCUGCUGUGACCGCAGGCACAGAUGACGUUGGAUCCUUACAUAAUACAGCGUCUGGAAAAUCUUCGUCGUCCACGUUCGAAAAUGUGCAGAUUUUCCAGAUAUGUGACUUCUGCAAUACAACGUUUUACACCAACGAUUCCUUUGAGGUGCACUCGUUAGAGCAUAAACAGAAACGGCACAUACACCAGCAUUAUAUGACCGUAGCCGUCACCGCUGUCACGAAGAUAUAUAUCUGCAAGGUGUGUACAACUCUGUGUCACACUCUGAAGCAAUUUGAAGAACACUGGGCGAGUCAUGGUAUCCUGCAGGAGGAAUAUAUAUGUUCUCUUUGUCAGAAACAGUAUCACACUUUUGAUCUUUUCAAACAGCAUGCAAUCACACAUAAGAACGCUGACGAGAAGCAGCAAGAACCGAUCUUGUGCAAGGUGAUUUAUCGGGACGCUAACGACGAGAACUCCAAAACGAAUAAUCCGCAGGAAGACGUCGUCAUGGGCAGUAACAAUUUACCUCAGAUGAAUUUGAAUGGCCUGCAGGGAAAAGAAUGCACAAGCAACGAAUCGUACAUCGAUCUGGAAGUACCAUCAGCAGCUAAUAAUCACCAACCCGCGAGAGUCGAAGCGAUGCCUCGAAGCGAUUUGUUAGCACAUAAGGAUACGCAAGAUGUAAGGAAGGCUGUGGACGUUCCAGAGAAAAUCUCUUUGACAAAUGCCAUGACAGUUGCACAGUCAAAACAAGCGGUAACAAACACGACAGACGAUCGUACAGGAAGUGAGGCGGCGAGCAAGAAUGCUGAAGAGAAUAUUGAAGAAUUGGAAGAGGAGGGUGAUCUGGUAAUAGAGAUGUCAGAAAGCGAAAAAGGUUCAGUAUCAGGUGAGAGUAGGCAGAAAACCGAUAGUGCACAAAAAAGUGCUACGACGUCGGAUUCUACUACAGUUGCUGAUGAAGGACAAUGUCCCAGCGACAUGACACCGUCCAAUACCUCUGCGAAAACUUGUAACGAUGCGAGUCCGAGCUCGGAGGCUAACUUAACAUCUACAAGAUCCGUAAUUGAAUUGAAUAGCAUGUCGAAGAAUGAUAAGACAUCUGUCGCCGAUAAAAAUACUGCGAGUACAACGACAACGACACCGACACAAAUCAACUGCACAAACGAGACGAACAGCACAAGCAGUAUAACGGCUUCAAACAUCAAUUUGGAAGCAAGCCAACCUAAAGAACUGUUGCCAAAGAAUGUUAUGAGUUCGGUGCCCAAGUCCUUCCUGAGAGUGAAAUCCUUAGCGGAGUUAAUGAGCGUUUCUCCGAAACAGUGUGAGAAUGACCAAACAUCUUCCGCCAAGAAACCGCAAACGGCGCUGUUGAAGCCGCAGUUUGAUCCGUCGAUGCAUGCAGCAUCACCAGCAAUCCAGAAUCAGCCAGUAAUAAUCGCCAAUGUACCUCCUGUACCCAUUCGUCCGCGUCUACCUACUCAAAUGUUCGGCCAGGCGAACCGUCAACAAUAUCAAAUGAUCAGCAUAAAACCGAUAAAUAUUGUCAAUUCCAAUCAAGCAACCAAUAUAACAAAAGCAAACGAGUCUCAAUAUAACAUGACAUGGAUACCGCCAAGUAAUUCUACUGUGCAGCCGCAAUUACAAUCACAACAGAUAUUGCAGCCGUUUCAACAGAUGUCACCGCUAACGCCACUCCACCAACAACAAAAUUUACCGUCUUAUGUCAACCAACCGAACAUAAUGAUUCAACCUAUUCAGCAGCAGUUUCAACAACUGCAGCAGUUCCAACAAUUACAACAGCAGAAGCAACAGCAUUUGCAACAACAACAGAAGCCACAAUUUCAACAACAACAGAAGCAGCAAGUGCAACAACAGCAGCAGCAGCAGCAGCAGCAGAGGACAAAUAUGGCAACUGUCAGAUCGUUUAUGCCAACAAACAUGCAUCAUGCGCCCAUAACAUCGCUACCAGUGUACUACCAGCAGCAACAAAACCAACAAUUGAUAGAUGUUUGCAACAAAGUUCUGUUUGAUCAUUGUAUGUCCAAAGAAUACGUGCCUUACCAGUUGUCGACGAACAACAACGUGCCAGCAAAUCUGAUUAACAGUGUCCCACCCGCUGGUGUGAUGAGGCAAGUAUCGCAGAAUCCGAAGCGCUAUGCUUGCGUGUACUGUCCCGGUUUCGAGUGCAACUCGGUGCAAGAAUUUAUGUCACACGAGCGUUCGCCGAAGCAUGAGGCUCGUAGUCAUUACAACAGUGUAUCUUAUGUGUCUCGGUAAACUGUAAUUGAUGUUUGCAUUCCAUAGGAACGAGAACAAUCUCAACAGAUGAAUCCGCUCAUUAUUCGCCUACAUUGUUCGCAAGUUGUUUUCGCAAAACGGCAUGGAAGAAUCUAUAGGAUCAAUUUCUUCGACGAAGAUAAAUUUUGUUCUAUGUUAAUGAAACAAAAAAAUCGAAAGCACUAGGCGAUUGUUUCGUACGUACAUUUCUGAUCAAUUAUUUCGACAGAAAGAUUUAGAUAAGAAUAUUCAUAGAUCUGUCUGAACGGUUACUUUUAUUUAUAGUAAAGUAAAGUUUAAUCUCCAUUUUAAGACAAGGGUUCUAGAAACGUUGAGACAGUUGAGUCAAAUGUGAAUUGAAUAAAAGUAGUCUCGAACAGAAAUGCAAAAAUAAAUGAAAAAUAAACUAAAAAGGAAUACUCUUGUUUGUCUUUAAAACGGCCCGAUUUUCAACAAUUCAAUUAAUUAUUAUAAUUACAUUGUUAUACUAUAACUGAAGAUCUUGUGUACAUACUAUUAUGUUUGUCCUAUUAUUGAGGAGCAUGAGCAAUGAAUUUUCAAAUGUUUAUACAGAAAUAAAUAUUAAUUUUUAUUUUUGUAUACAGUUAUUUAACAUAUGAUUAUCAUGAUAUUUAACGUACAUAGUUGAGUACGAAUCAUCUAAUGAUACGUGUAUCGUUUUGUAUGAAUACUGGCGAAUUAAUGACUGAUUCGUUAUACGAGUCCAUAUUUAACGAUAUCGUUAGAUUAUCGAAAUGAUUAACUAUUUAAAUAUAUCUUAUAUCAGGAAUAUAGUUUAUAAAAUACUGUUUAUUAAAAUUACAAUAGAAAUAUAUUUUAAACAUUGUAAUUCUUUCACACAAUAUUAUACAACUUGUUUUAGCAACAGUAUUUAAAUAGAAGUCUGAAUAUGAGAUUAACAUUUUAAGAUGGCAUUUGUAGAAUGUUAUUUCAUUAGAUUUUUAAAGAAAAUGUUUUCUAAAAUCUCUAUACACUUUUAGUUUCAAGUUAGGAAUACAUCGUUAAUUAUUAUUUUUAAUAAUUAUUUUAUAUAAGAUCCCGCUUUAUUCAUACUCGUUAUCUUCGCACAAUAGGCUUGUUUGCACAAACAAUAUUUUAGUAAUACAUUUUUAAAUCUGCAGUAUUUCUUUUACCGAAGAUGUAAUUGUAUUGAGAUUUAAGAAAUACUUCCAAAAAAUAAUUGUAAAAUUAGCAAAGUCAGUCGCUGUUUAAUAAUUAAUAAAUAAAUGCGCUUAUUUUAAAUGGUGUGCUGAUUUUAAUGUAUUUCAUAUUGUAAUUUUUAAUUGUAAAAAUUUUCGAUUUUUUUAACUGAAACAAAAUUUCAUAAAAACUCAAAAAUACAAAAAGAACUGGAUUUUAAAACUUGUUUGUCAUUAAAAUUUCCUGCAGCAUGGUUUAAUUAUUACAUACCUUUUUUAUGUACGACUUUUUAAGAAUAAAGUUACUUUCUGUGUUAUUAAAUUAUUUCUGCAUGAUGUAAUAUAUUUCAUAAAGCCCAUUUUGGACUAUGCAAUAUAUUGCGCAAGAUUUGACGCAAGUUUUAAAGCAAGAAAUAUUGCAGAAUAUCAUACACAAAUUACAAACAAAUUGCAUGUGUUUCGUAAAUUGCGCAAGAUAUUGAAAAUGUGCUCUAUUCCUAAUAAGAAAUUUUUUGUCUGCGCCAUGUGUGAGAUCUGUUUUUUCUGAACUAUUUGCAUUAAUAUAAGAAGUAUAUACAUCUAUUUGUUUUAGCUGCCUGCAUACUAGUGCAGAAAAAAUCUUGGAAAAAAACAAACGUUUGUUACUUGUUUGUUUAUGAUUAAGGUUGUGAUAAUCGCUUCGCUACUUGCCUCUGUAUUACUCAUUUUGUUAUAUAUGUUCCUAUUAAGCACGCUAUUCCAAUAUGUAACUGAUACUUUCCUCCAUGUUUUCAGUUUGUACAUAUUGCGUAUACAAGUGCAUAUUGCGCACAUUUUGCGUCAAAUAAAAUGUAUAGUAUACAACACAAUACAAUUUAACGGCAAGCAAUUCUUGCAAGAAAUUGCGUCAAGUCUAGCGCAAUAUAUUGCAUGAUCUAAAACGAGCUUAAUACAUGUCAUAUUGACACACAUGAAAGCAGAAACAACCGUUUCGAAAUCUAUAAGCUUAUAAUUAUAAUUUCAUUAUUAAUGAUUUGCAUUGUUGCGUAGACUCAUGAUUCUUAAUUGUAAUAUAUAAUAAGUGAGCAAAAUCAUAAAAAAAUAUUGAAAAUAUGGAUGCUGAAAAAAUGAAAAAAUGUCUGUAUAACUGUUUUGUACAGUCCGAUUUAAUAUUCGGUAGAGAAUGCAACCAUGAUUUAUGUUAUUGCAUCUCCACAAUAAUGUUACACAAAGUUGCGCUAAUUAUUAUUAAUUUUUUUUUUAUAAUAACUCUAAGUGUAAUAUGCGAUUAUAAAUAUUACAUAUUCUUUAUACGAACUUGUUAUAAUAUAACUUGUUAUACUGACUUUAUAUCUACAAGAUGAAACAGAGUUGUCAGAAAUAAUGACUGUUUUAAUAGCAAGGGAGCGAGUCACAAAAGCGUUCAUGCCCUCGAUUAUUUUCGACUUCAAAUUAAUAUUAAUGUAUAAUAGAGCUUAAAAGAGCUUUGAAAGUCGACAAUUGAGGACGAGCGAAUACUUUCAUAGCCUGCUGUACUGUACAUACAUAUAUAUAAUGUAAUAUUAUCUAAUUCUUUCCUUUAUGCCGUACAUGUAAAUAGAAUAUUGGAGGAAUAUAAGCAAAAUUAUAUUGGACAACUGAUUGUAUCUUCAUGAUGAUGAAGUUCCCAAGUUUGAAGAAAAAAUAUCGAUUGGAGUACGUAUUACAUGCAAAAAUAUAUCCAGUAUAACAAAUUUUGGAUUCUGUGGCAGUCUCUCCUUACGUUCUAAAGAUGUUACAUUAUAAGAGAGAUAUGUACGAAGUAAUGUAUUUUAUAGUAAUUCGAAGCAACUUAUGAGGGUAUAACGAGUUAUUACAGGAUACGAUUGUAAUAUAUACUUGUGCUUUUGAAUAAAUGUUAUUCUUGC